GUGACGCCAUACCUAGGCUCCUCCCCCUUCCUUUGGACCCCGAGACUCGGGCUGCAGAAGCUCGGGCCAAUCAGAAGAAAGGCUCCAGGAUGGCAUGGUAGAUGGGACGCAGUUGAGAGGUCUGACAAGAUGUACCAGGUCCCGCUGCCGCUGGACCGGGAUGGGACCCUGGUUCGGCUCCGCUUCACUCUGGUGGCCCUGGUCACGGUCUGCUGUCCACUUGUUGCCUUCCUCUUCUGCAUCCUCUGGUCCCUGCUCUUCCACUUCAAGGAGACAACGGCCACACACUGUGGGGUACCCAAUUACCUGCCGUCGGUGAGCUCGGCCAUUGGUGGGGAGGUUCCUCAGCGCUAUGUAUGGCGCUUCUGCAUCGGCCUGCACUCGGCACCCCGCUUCUUGGUGGCCUUCGCCUACUGGAACCACUACCUCAGCUGUGCCUGCCCAUGCCCUGGCUACCGCCCACUUUGCCGUCUCAACUUUGGCCUCAACGUCGUCGAGAACCUUGCGCUGCUAGUGCUCACCUACGUCUCCUCCUCAGAGGACUUCACCAUCCACGAGAAUGCUUUCAUUGUGUUCAUCGCCUCAUCCCUCAGUUACAUGCUCCUCACCUGCAUUCUCUGGCGGCUAACCAAGAAGCACACAGUAAGUCAGGAGGAACGAAAAUCCUACAGCUGGAAACAGAGGCUCUUCAUCAUCAACUUUAUCUCCUUCUUCUCGGCACUGGCUGUCUACUUUCGGCACAACAUGUACUGUGAGGCUGGAGUAUAUACCAUCUUUGCCAUCCUGGAGUACACUGUUGUCCUAACCAACAUGGCAUUCCACAUGACCGCCUGGUGGGACUUCGGAAACAAGGAGCUGCUCAUUUCCUCCCAGCCAGAAGAAAAAAGAUUCUGA